GACUAGGAGUCUGAUAUUGUGUGCGUCUGCCGUGUACUAUAUAAAUGCGAGCAGAACGUGAUCACAAUGCUGUGAGAAACAAAAGAGGAUAGACAUUAGACACAAGUUACACAAAGCUGAUUUUAACGGUGCAAGAAAAUGGAAAAUGGGUCGGCGAUAAUCGAGCACAAAGCGUACGCUCGGGUGGGUUUGCUCGGCAACCCAUCGGACGUUUAUUAUGGGCGGACCAUCUCACUGGGCGUUUCCAACUUUUGGGCCUCCGUUCGCUUACAGCCCUCCAAUCAACUCGUCAUUGUUCCUCACCCUGUUCAUGAUCUCGUCCACUUUAAUUCCCUUUCCCACCUGGUGGAUCGGUUAAAGAAUGAAGGUUAUUAUGGAGGGGUGCGGCUGCUUAUGGCGAUUUGUAAGAUUUUCAACAAUUACUGCAGGGAUAAUAAGAUUGAUCUUCAUGACCGGAACUUCACUCUUUCAUACGACACUAAUAUUCCUCGUCAGACUGGUCUAUCAGGAUCGAGUGCCAUUGUAUGUGCUGCCCUUAGCUGUCUUUUGGACUUUUACAAAGUUAAGCAUUUGAUUAAGGUUGACAUCAGACCAAACCUUAUCCUCAAUGCGGAGAAGGAACUUGGAAUCAUUGCUGGUUUACAGGACAGGGUGGCCCAAGUGUAUGGGGGCGUCGUAUUUAUGGACUUUAACAAGAAAUCCAUGGAUGAGUUGGGGCAUGGAGUAUACACACCCUUGGAUAUUGGUCUUCUUCCCCCACUUUAUCUCAUUUAUGCUGAAAAUCCAAGCGACUCUGGCAAGGUACACAGCACAGUUCGACAAAGGUGGCUGGAUGGAGAUGAGUUUAUUAAAGCAUCUAUGGAGGAAGUUGCAAAUUUAGCUCUAGAAGGACACAAAGCAUUAACCCAAAAAGACCACACCAAGCUCGCAAGUCUUAUGAAUCGUAAUUUUGACCUACGGAGGCGCAUGUUUGGAGAUGAUGCUCUCGGUGCCCUAAACAUUGAGAUGGUGGAAGUAGCUCGUCGUGUAGGGGCAGCAUCAAAGUUCACGGGCAGUGGAGGUGCUGUAGUUGCAUUCUGCCCUGAUGGACCUUCACAAGCAAAGCUUCUGGAGGAUGCUUGUCAUAAAGCAGGUUUUAUUAUUCAGCCUAUCCAAGUUGUUCCGUCUCGUAUUACUGGGACUGAUUCUUAAAGUUGUCAAUGCAUUUUAUAUCUGGAUGUUUCAUUACUAGUUACCAACAUUUCUCCUUUUCUCCCAAAUUUGUUUUAUAUGGGCAAAGCAUGCGAAAUUCUUCUUCUUUUCU